AUGCGCCAAUCAGCCCUUCAAUCUCACCUUCAGGCGCUUCUUGCUGGCGAUGUACCUGCGGCCGAGAGUUCAACGGCCAACCAUGGUGAUGGAGAAGCGAUGGAUUGGGAGGAUGAAGAGGAAGAUGAGAGGGUUGCUGAUUCGGAGGAGGCUCCAGCUUUGGCACCAUCGACACCGAUUCAAGUUGCCCUUCCCACGAGAAUCUCCAACGCAAGGCGAAGCUCUAAGGCCAGUGUCGCAGACGCUUGGAACACCCUUCUACCAGAACUCGAAGCUCCCUGGGCUGCUUUCCACACGGCAACCUAUGCUGCGCCACCUACCCAUAUUGCCGCCUCCAUCCACCACUCUUGCGAAGCGGGAUGCACAUCCUCCAUUCGCUCCACUGUGCAAUGCCUUUAUCCCACUCACAUGCAGACUGUUUUGAUAGCGACUUGCAGCUGCAAAUCUCUCUGUGCGAUCCUCGUCGAAAACGGGGUCUUCCCUGCAUCUCCUCGGCGACCCCGCAUAGGCGUAUCCAUCGACCUUCUCGAGCUUUACCGGGCAGUAUUCGAGCGAUCGUGCGAUGCCAUCACGGCGCUUGCUCACGCGCUUAGGACUGUUUAUCUGCGUCGCGGAUACCAUGUUCUAUCUGAACAGAAAUCCGGUGCUCUCUCCACCGACCCCUUCCGACAGAGCCUCACUCAAGCGGUUUUAUGGUCCAGCAACCUCCGAGAUCGCCUUCAAUCACAUGUUAAUGCACUAUUAACCUCUGCGGACAAUGCUCUAGCUCUGGAAACUGACGACAACAUUCCUUCACCCUUGGGUUCUGCAGAAGUGGUGGCUACGCCGCCUACGACAGCUGACGCGGCAGCUCCCUUGGCAUCGCCUACAACGACUGAUGCGGCAGCUCCAUUGGCAUCGGCUCCACCGCUCCCAGCUUCCGAUGCCACAGCUCAACGGACACUACAACGGGGUCGUGCAGACCGAAUCCUACGCGAACGCUGCCCGUUGUGUUUUGGUGGCACAGAAUGGGGCCGUCCGCUCAGCGUCGGAGGUGAUGUUCAGCUGGCUGGGGAUGCCUGCUUCAGCUACCGCCAUCUGCGCUCUGCUGGUGAUGGCCCAACAGGAUAUCAUCCAAGAUUCUUUGUUCCCAAGGCCAAGAUUGAUGCGGUCAAGGUGCGAAUGGAGGAGGCGAGAAAGCGACCUGUCCAGGUCACAGCACCAGAUGAUGGGUGUUCAGAGAAUUGGACUGCCGCCAACGAGAAGAAGAGACUUGCGGAUCCGAAAAGAUAUGAUGCAAGUGGUAUAUUUGCGCUUACCUGCCGCCAUUCCCAAGUCCUCUUUACAUGCAAUAUUGACACUCCAGGAGAGCGCCACCAUUAUAUUAUUGCCCUCCUGGAGGAAGUGCUGUCUCAUCUUCCUUCGGAGGCUACAGCCUGUCAAGCGUAUGAUGUUGGCUGUAUUGUUGAUCGGACUCUUACUCUGUAUAAUAUUCUUGACCCUGGUGUUCGGCAGCGUGUGGUAUUUGUGCUCAAUGCCAUGCAUGCUUAUGGGCAUGAAUGGAGCUGUCAGCUAAAGUACAACCCACGCAUGGUAGUUGGAAUGGGGUUGACAGACAACGAGUGCAUUGAGCGUCUCUGGUCACGAAUCCGAAAACUUAUUCCCAUCACUCGUGGGCAAUGGAAUUCGAGACGUAUCUGGACAAUUGACCAAUACGUAGCCUUCGUCAACGAAGAUGGAUUCUACAAUCUCGGAAAUUGGAUUGUUCGACAAGAGUCUAAGAACUAUGCUGGCAAGUUCAAGACUGCUCGGGCCAAUCUAAUUCGUGCUGGAGUUCCAAUUUCAGAGCUUCAAACAGAAUGGGAGGCUCAGAGAGCAUCACAGACCUCUCUCCGUAGGCAUGCUCCAAAGCGUUUGCGGCGUGAGCUCGACAAAGUGAUUGCACUCCAGGCUCAGAUCGAUCUUGUCGAGAAGUCGAUUCUGGAGGUUCGUCAAACAAUAGCUGGUGACGCCACUGCCUCCGAUGCCCAACAACUUUUACGCCAGCUCGAAUCAACCCACUCAGAGCUUUCCAAACAGGCUGAGGCACUGUAUGCUUCACUGAACAUUUCUAAAAUCUAUCCCGAACUCCAAGGUCUCUCUCCCGAGGUUGCACAUCUACUUCUGAUGAUGCGCGACCUCAAGAUUAGCAUACGGAGGAAGGCAGUAGGGUCUUUUCAAGAGUGGGAGACACUCGACCAAGCAGUAUCAGGCCGCCGGGAGCCUCUAGGAACAAAGUUAUAUCAGGCAACUCGCUCUACCAUCACCAAACGGCAACCUGCAUUGAUGAAGGCUCUCAAAAAGUUUAAUGAUUAUUGUACAGAGUUUGAGCAACUUCGACCUGCAGACUGCCAUAUUCCUGUUCCACAUCCACUUCCUACUCAACUCAGUGCACUCCGGGAGGACACUUCCUUGCAUGAGGAUGUUUGGAUCACACCAUCAGAGGGACGACCGCCACGCUGGCUCGAAGAUGAAGAUGUUCGACAAGGUAUUCGGAGCCUCCUUACUCUCAAUCGGUGUCAGGAGGAGAUGGUUCGCUUGGCAGCAGAGCGUCGCAACAUGCACCAGUGGUUAGAGGAUGAGGACAGAAUUCUGACCUAUACAAUGGAACACUACCAAGAGCCUCUCUUGCAACUAUAUUUGCAUGAGCGACGGGAAUAUCUCUCUAUCUUGCGGGCGUCUUGGGGCCAGUGCUUAGCUGGACCUUCUGUCCGUCCACUCCGUUUUACAGGACCAACAGCACCUAUGCCAGCACCUCUAUCUCCAAGAGCCUCCUCCCCCUCCCCCUCCCUCCCUCCAACCCCUCAGCUUUACUCUCUCCCUACAUCAACCCAAAUCAUACUGGAACCAUCUGAUGAGCUCAAUGAUCAAGACAUUGAAGUAGCACCCUUUGACUUACUUCCAGAAGAGUCAGAGCCUAGUGUGGAUAUCACUGUGGAUGGUAGUAUUGAUGCACAUGAGGCACUCAUUUUUGAGAGUGAAGAGGGUGAUGGUCUGGAUAUCAACUAUACUUUUAAGAUUGAGGUCCAACCACCUCCCAGACAAGUAGACCUACAUCUCUUCCAGGUCCUACAAGAAUAUGCAACCAACAACCCAAGUAUACCGAAUGCUCCCACAUCCCGAACUAUUGUUGACACCGUUGGGCGAAAGCUCCAUAUCGACUCCGAGGACCUCAAACGCCUCCAGCAUCGCACUCGCUGGCUCAACAAUUUCUGUCUCAAUGGUGUUGCUGCCUUGGUUAUGAAAAAAAUUUGCUUCCUCUGA